AUGGCGAUCAAAUAUCACGACCACAAUGGCGAGCGUGCCUCACGUGAGCCGAUAGCAAUCAUUGGAAGCAGCUGUCGGUUUCCCGGUGGAGCUACUUCUCCCUCACAACUUUGGGAGCUGCUGGAAAAUCCACGUGAAGUUCUACAGGAAAUCCCAGCUAGUCGAUUCAGCACAGAGGCGUUCUACCACGCCGAUAGCCAGCAUCAUGGGAGCGCGAACGUGAAACAUGCGUACCUCCUCGACGAGGAUCCUCGUGCGUUUGAUCGCGACUUUUUUUCUAUUCUCCCGAAAGAAGCCGAGGCGAUGGAUCCACAGCAGCGCGUGCUUCUAGAGACCGUAUACGAAGGCGUCGAAUCUACCGGCUAUACACUACAACAGCUCCGCGGCUCAUCGACUGCCGUAUUUGUUGGAUGCAUGAGCUACGACUAUCACUUCACGGCUAUCCGUGGAAUCGAUAGUCUGCCGCAGUACCACGCUACCGGCACGGCUGCCUCGAUACUUUCGAAUCGUGUCUCAUACUUUUACGAUUGGCAUGGGCCUUCCGUGACAAUCGACACAGCAUGCUCUUCGAGUCUCGUAGCUUUGCACCAAGCUGUUUCAGCGCUUCGCAACGGUGACGCUAAGAUGGCCGUGGCGGCUGGUUCCAACCUCAUUCUAGGACCAGAGCCCUUCGUGAGCGAGUCUAAGCUCAAUAUGCUCUCUCCAAAUGGACGAUCUUUCAUGUGGGACGCAUCAGCAGAUGGCUACACGCGAGGAGAAGGAUUCGCCACAGUGUUCUUGAAGACUCUGAGUCAAGCGAUAGCAGAUGGCGAUCAUAUUGAGAGCGUCAUCCGCGAAACCGGGGUGAACUCGGAUGGAAAAACACCAGGAAUCACAAUGCCCAGCUCUAUCUCUCAAGCACAGUUGAUACGCGAAACUUACCUACGAUGUGGGCUCGAUCCGACGAGUGAAGUCGGUCGCCCGCAAUACUUCGAGGCUCAUGGCACGGGAACGCAGGCAGGCGAUCCUAUCGAGGCCCGUGCCAUUCACGAUGUUUUCUUCCCUGACGGAGCUGGGAGUGGCCAGCUCAUAGUUGGAAGCAUCAAGACGGUCAUUGGCCAUACAGAAGGCACAGCUGGUAUUGCGGGUGUUCUGAAGGCAUCGUUAGCUGUCCAGCACGGACAAAUUCCAGCAAAUAUGCACUUCAAAACGCUCAACAGCAAGAUAAAACCAUUCGCUCACAGACUACGUGUGCCAGUAAGCACGGAACCGUGGCCCAGUGUGCAGGACAAUCAUCCACGACGUGCGAGCGUCAACAGCUUUGGGUUUGGAGGGACCAACGCUCACGCCAUCAUCGAGAGCUAUUCGGGUCAGAAUGAUUCCCUCGAAUGGGAACUCACAGAUGGACACACCUCACCGACAACACCCGAGGCGCCCUACAACGGAUUGUUCGCUCUGUCCGCAAAUUCUGGCUCGUCGUUGUCUGCAUCCGCGGAAGCAUUGGCAGACUUCCUUGAUGCGAAUCCUGACACCGAUCUCGACCAGCUCGCCUUUAAUCUCUUCCGACGGGCCGAGUUCGCACAUCGAGCCACGUUCUAUGCUCAAGAUGUCCCAAACCUGGUUGAGAAGCUUAGAGCAGGGAGUGAAGCACUCAAGAGUAGUCCGCGUGCUCAAUACAUUCCCGACGGCGCGAAAGUACGAAUCCUCGGGGUGUUCACCGGACAGGGUGCACAAUGGGCGUCCAUGGGAAAAGAACUGCUAGCUUAUUCAAAGCCGUUUAGUGGAGCUAUCGAGCGAAUGCAACUCAGUCUGGACGUUCUGCCCGAGGGUAACAGACCUGAUUGGACACUGACAGAUCAGUUGAUAGCAUCUUCGUCAGCGUCCCGUGUCGGUGAGGCGGCGAUUUCGCAACCACUAUGCACAGCUUUACAAGUCGCACUCGUGGACGUUCUCCGGGCCGCAGGAGUCGAAUUCUCAGCCGUGAUUGGACACUCAUCCGGUGAGAUCGGAGCUGCAUAUGCUGCGGGCUACAUUUCCGCUGAAGAUGCCAUUCGUAUCGCCUACUAUCGGGGUGUACAUUCCGGUUUAGCAAUGGGUGCGGAUGGCAAGCGUGGCAAGAUGAUGGCCGUCGGCUUGACUUACGAACAGGCAACAGCCUACUGCAGCGCUUUCAACGGGUCACUUGUCGUGGCUGCGAGCAACUCUCCGACGAGUUGCACCCUUGCCGGUGAUGCUGUGGCAGUCGACAAGGCCUUUGUCGAAUUACAGGCCGACGGUACCUUUGCUCGCGUCUUGAAAGUUGACACAGCUUAUCAUUCACCUCACAUGAAGCUCUGCGGGGGAGCGUACCUGGAUUCGAUCACGAAUUGUGCAAUUAAGGUCGAGACCGGUCAGGACACCUGCAAGUGGUUCUCUAGUGUCUGGGGACUCGAGGGCCGUGGUCGCAAAUUCGUCGAGCCUGAACUCAAAGGCCAAUACUGGGUAGAUAACAUGACUGGAGCUGUUCUAUUCAGCGAAGCGCUCACCAGAGCCCUGCAAGAGGGCACAGGUUUUGAUCUUGCGCUUGAGGUCGGGCCUCAUCCGGCCCUCAAAGGUCCGAGUUUGGAAACGAUCAAGCAGCUAUCAGGCGCCAAUCUUCCAUACGCUGGCGUGUUGAAACGAGGACAAGACGCCGUAGAGUCGUUCACCGAUCUACUCGGUCUGCUCUGGAAAAGCUUCCUUUCGUCGCAACCAAUAAUAACAUUCGACCGCAUCAAUCUGGCAACCUCCGGAGAUUCACCCAUGCAGCGAGCCAUCAUAAAGAAUCUUCCCCGAUACUCGUGGGACCACAAUUUGCUUAUCUGGAGAGAAUCGAGGUCAUCACGAGCAUUUCGCACGCAGCCAAGACCGCGUCACGAGUUGCUUGGACAUGCUUCCACGCUCGGGGAACGUCAAGAUCGAGAAGUCCAAUGGAAGCAGCUCCUGAGGUUGAGCGAGCUCCCCUGGUUGGCAGGUCACAAAAUCCAGGGCGAAGUCCUCUUUCCUGCGUCAGGAUAUCUGUCCAUGGCAUUCGAGGCAGCAAUCCACCUUCUAGACGACGGUCAAUCUGCGCGACUCCUUGAAUUGAGUAACGUCGAAAUCAUUCGUGCCAUGCGGCUGGAAGAAGACUCGCCCGGACUUGAGGUUGCAUUCACUAUUCGCGUGACAGCCGAAUCUGACGACGCCAUCACCGCAGAAGUUGCCUGCUACAGUGGUUCCGUUGACUCUGGACAGGCUCCGGAUGCACCUGUCUCUGGGCUCACGGCACAUUUCACAGCAAGCGUGAAAGUAUGGUUUGGUGAACCGCUGAAAGAUGCCUUGCCCACGAGAAGCAAGCCGUUGCUUUCUCUAGAGUCUUUGGACAUGACGCGACUCUAUUCCAGCUUGGCAAAGGAAGGUUUCAAUUACACUGGCUAUUUCCAAGCCAAGUCGAUGCUGCGACGGCUCAACCGAGCUGCCGUAUCUCUUCCUGAUCAUCCGGUUGGAUCUACAAUUCGUCCAUGCAUGCACCCUACCGUCCUCGACACUGCAUUUCAUGGCCUGUUAGCAGCUUUUGCGUUCCCAGAGGACGGACGCCUCGGCAGCAUAUUCCUUCCAACCCGGAUUGAAUGUGUCAGGAUCAGCAUGAUAGCCCAGGAACUUCUGGAACCAAGCCUUAUAGCUGAUGCUGCUGUGGUUUCUACCGAUAGUACCACUCUUACCGGUGAUAUUGAUAUCUUCCAUGAAGACACUGCUUGUACUGAAGUGCAAAUGCGCGGUGUCCGUCUCACCGCAGUCGGUCGACGUCCGGAUCCCUGGCUUUAUGCAGACACCAAGUGGCUCAGGGACGCGACUUGUGGAAUUGACCCGAAGAGCCAGGUCCGUCUUUCCGACGAAGAGAGCUUAUUGUACGAGCGGCUUUCGCGAACGGCCUACUUCUUUUUGCGUACACUUCAGAAAAAGAUCCGGCCACAAGAACUUUUGCUGAUGGGAAAAUACCGUAAACACAUGAUGAAGUGGGUAAACGAACAUCUCCUUCCACAGAUCGAGGCGGGUGAACACCACCAACUCCGCCCUGAAUGGAAGGAGGACACCCUCGAGAUGAUCCAAGAAUGGCGCGCUUCUUAUCCGCCAGAUAACAACGACAUGAACAUCCUCCAUGCAAUCGGUACAAAUCUUGUGAACAUCGUCCGCGGAAUCAUUCCCCCUCUCAGAAUUCUCACGGAGAAUGGCAUGCUUGAUCGCCUUUACACCGAAGGCGUUGGGGUUCGGCAUGGCAAUAUCGACCUGGGCGCCAUCGUGAGUCAAAUCGCCCACCAACAUCCUCGGAUGCAGGUACUCGAGGUCGGAGCUGGCACGGGAGGAACAACCAGGACAGUCUUGGAUUCCCUGGACGGCAGGUAUUCCAUGUAUACCUACACCGAUAUAUCUACGGGGUUCUUCGAGAACGCACGCACGAUCUUCAGUCAGCAUAUCAACAAGCUUGCUUUCAAGACCCUUAACAUCGAAAACGACCCUAUCGAGCAAGGUUUCAAGGAGGAAGCUUAUGACAUGAUUGUUUCAUCAAACUGUCUGCAUGCAACUCAUAGUUUGGAAAACACACUGCGUCAAUGUCGUCGGCUCCUCAAGCCCGGUGGUCGACUCGUGCUGCUGGAGGUCACAGAGGACUUUUUGCCGACGCAAUUGAUCAUGUCGACGCUGCCGGGUUGGUUCCUGGGCAUCGAGGACGGCCGAGUGUGGGCACCCACAGUCAGCGUGCAGCGCUGGGACGAACUGUUGAGGGCUUGCGGAUUUUCCGGGGUCGACUUCAGUACGUCACCAUCGUACUGUUCGGCCAUCAUAGCACAAGCGGUGGAUGAGACGAUCAAAACUCUUCGGGCGCCAUUGAAGUCUCCCCCAGCCCCAGAUCGUCAUCUGCAAGACAUCGUUGUCAUUUGCGGCGAUCGCACGCAGGAACUUGCCAAUUCGGUUCACAAGGUAUUGCAAGACACGCUCGCGCCCAGGAUGACCACCAACAUCACGGUUGUUCCUGGUAUACAGAAUGUUGACAUUCCCGCUGGCGCAGCGGUCCUUUGCCUUGCAGAUCUUGAUGAGCCGGUCUUCCGCCACAUGGGCGCGGAAAAGUUCCAGGGACUCAAAGACAUCGUGGGUCAAGCGAAUGCGGCUCUCUGGGUCACGACAGGCGCAAAAUCUGGUCGCGAACCCGAUGCAAACGUAACAGUGGGAUUGUCGAGCGCUCUGCUAGCUGAGCAUACGACAUUAAAAUUGCAAUUCCUCGACGUUGAAGAUCCGAGCGAGCUUACUGCGGAGAACCUGGCGGAGAUGCUUAUACGUCUUGCCAUCUUCGAAUCUGACGAUUCUGGUGCAAGGCUGUGGACACAAGAGCCGGAACUUUGGCUGAAGGACGGCGCUGUUCAUAUCCCUCGAGUCAGCACUCUCGACGCUGUUAAUCGACGAUCUCUGGCGCGGAUUCGACAUGUUUCACAGACCGUCAAUCUAAGUUCAUCAGACGAGGUGGUAGUCCUGGACGAAACAAAGACAGAGUUGCAGAUACAAAAUAACCCUGAUCGCAGCUCCAGUACGACCAAAGCUCAAAUCCGUGUCUCGGCUACCUCCGAUCGCGCGUUGGACUACGGCCAACAGACCCGGGCUCACCUUUUCAUUGGUCAAGAGUUGAGCUCCGGGGACAAGAUACUUGGUCUCGUGGACGUGCCCAGCUCCCUGGUGAGCCCGGUCCCUGAUCGCAUCCUGCAUAGAUGGAGCCCCGAGCAAUGUGCAGUGGCGGACACUGUACUACUUGCCAUCUUCUUGCGAAAUGCAUUAGCAGAACAUUUGCUCCAAGAUCUCGAGAUCUCAACAUGGAUCCACGAAGUACCAGACGAUCUGCAGGCUGUUCUUGACGCGCGCGCAAGACGCCAAAAGUUGAAUCUGCUCCACACUACGUCCGACAUGGCAAACCGUUCGAGUGUGAACUUCAUUCACCCUUACAUGAACCAGGACGAUUUGCAGCGCCUUUUCCCGAACAAUUUGCGCAUGUUCGUCGAUCUGUCCACUGAUAAAAACAGCACUCUAAUAAAGGCCAUACGCUCCUCCACGCAGACACACAGCGUCAUCGAAAAGCACAUUCCGGAUCUGACCAUCGGCUUAGAUAUUUCAAAGCUUCGUACUCUAGCAGGCGAACAUAUUGGUGCAGAGCCUGAAACGCCGUUGCCGCCCGUGGAGGUCGUCGAUGUUGGGGAAAUCCCCAACUCUCGAAGCAAGCCACUCGGCCUGACCUCUGUAAUUGACUGGACCACCACCAACGUGAUCAGUGCCGCCGUCCAGCCACUGGAACAUUUUGGGUUGUUCUCGGAUUCGAAAACAUAUCUUCUCUGUGGAAUGACUGGAGACUUGGGUAUCUCGGUCUGCGCAUGGAUGGUGGCCAACGGCGCACGGAAUGUGGUCUUGACAAGUCGUAAUCCUCACGUCUCUAAUAAUGUGCUGGAGUUCUUCUCACGCAAGGGGGCCACAGUGCGACCGAUGUCCGCCGAUAUAACGAAUAUGGAGUCGCUCCGCCAGUUGUACGCGGAGAUCAAUGCGACAAUGCCUCCGAUCGGAGGAGUGAUGAACGCUGCGAUGGUCCUUCGCGAUCGACUGUUCCAGUCAUUGACCUGGGAGGAUUUUGAAGCCGUCCUGAAGCCAAAAGUGACAGGAAGUCAGAACCUGAAUGAGCUCUUCGGCAAUCAAGAUCUUGAGUUCUUCAUCUGUUUCUCGUCGACCACCUCGAUCGUCGGGAGCAUCGGUCAGUCUGCUUAUGCUGCUGCGAACCAUUACAUGGUAAGCUUGAUACAGCAACGACGCGAUCGGGGUCUCGCCGGGUCCGUCCUUCACAUUUCGAUCUUGACCGGCUUCGGGUAUAUCUUCCGCCGCGAUGCCGAACAUGCCGACACGAUUUACAAGUCAAUCCUUCCGCGGUGCGAACGCCAGUCAGAGGCAGAUCUCCAUGGGAUGCUCGCCGAGGCGAUUGUGUGCGGUCACCCCGGACAAGGACAAGUCACCGAGCUUAUAACCGGAGCCAGGCCAGUAUUCCAGGAGGAAUGGCGUGAAGAUCCGCGGCUCUCGUGCUAUAGCGGUCUUCAACAACUUCAGGACGACGACGGAAAAGAUCAAGCCGUUGGUACACUGAGCGUGAAAGCCCAGCUCGCUGCAGUGGACGAGCCGUCUGAAUAUAUCCGUGUCCUCAUGUCGUGUUUUGCAUUCGCUUUGGGGAAUUUGCUUGAGAUCGACCCGGAGAAGGUGGACAGCCAGAUGUCUGUGUCUGCCUUGGGAAUUGAUUCUCUCGUCGCGAUUCGGAUCCGGGAGUGGUUUCUUCGCGAAACGGGAGUCGACGUUCCGGUUCUCAAGGUAAUGUCCGAUAAUUAUUCGGUGUCGCGGUUAUGCGACGACGUGCUUGCACAGUGGCAAAAGCUCAGCCAGCCAUAG